UUACAUGUUGUCCGUGGGCGUGAGCACGCACCUCCUGAUAAGCGCGUGGGUGGGCAAAUCUCAGUAGUAAAAUCAACGUUAAACCCAGACGGCCACCUUUCAGCUUUCUUAUAUAUAUUAGCGUUGAGGGAAACGAGGAUUACAACCAGAGCGCAGCAGCUAUUCAGUACUGGUACUGGGAAGAAAGAUUUAGCAGCAAGCACCGUGAUCUUCUUCUUCCAUACCCACCCCAUCAUGGCCACCGUUUUUCUCUUUCUGAUCGCUUUUCUCAUGAUCUCAUCAUCUCUCCCUUACCUCUCCAAGGCGCUCGUCUCUGAAGUGGAUGAUGAAAUUCCAUUUACCUACGUCGAGGGAACUGGUAAAGGGCCAAAGAAAUGGGGCGAAAUUGAUCCACAUUGGAAAGCUUGUGGUAAUGGAAAAAUGCAGUCUCCUAUUGAUCUUCUAGAUAGAAGGGUGCAGGUUUUUCCUUCUCUGGGAAAAAUAAAAAGGGAUUACAAACCAGCUCCUGCUGUUGUAAAGAACAGGGGACACGACAUUACAGUGAUAUGGAGAGGGGAUGCAGGAGACAUUAAGAUAAAUGGUACUGACUACAAGCUGCUACAGUGUCACUGGCAUUCCCCCUCUGAGCACACAUUCAAUGGAUCGAGGUAUGACUUAGAGCUGCAUGUAGUUCAUUUAAGCUCCAGUGGAGAGAUAGCUGUUAUUGGAAUUGUUUAUAAAUAUGGCCGCCCUGAUCCCUUCCUCACAGAGCUGCUUCACCACAUAAAAUCAGUUGGGACUGAAGAGAGAAAUUUGGGGACUGUCAAUCCGGGAGUAAUUAAGUUUGGGAGUAGAAAGUAUUACAGAUACAUUGGAUCUCUUACAGUUCCUCCAUGCACUGAGGGUGUCAUUUGGACAAUAGUCAAGAAGGUGAGGACAGUUUCCAGGGAGCAAGUGGCAGCUUUAAGGGAAGCUGUUCACGAUGGAUUUGAAGCAAAUGCCAGGCCGACUCAACAAUCAGCUGGAAUAGCGGUUCAGUUUUACAAUCCAAGUGGAGGUUCUACUUAAUUAGCUUUCCACUACUGAGAAGAGAAUUAAAUAUGCUGAAGAGCCACAUAACUGCACGCGUUAUCUCCUUUCAUAAAUAAAUAAUGCAUCUUACAA